UUCCAAUUUUCUAAAUAUUUUAUUUAUUUUUUAUCGGCAACCAAAUUCUAUUUUAACAAUAUUUAAAUUUUCAAAUAUAAAAAAUAAAAAUGCCACACGCCCGCUUUGCCCAGACUCCAAUCUCACUUAUAUAUAUAAAUCCCACUCUCAUCAUCUACACACUCAAACUCGUUCAUAUUCUCUCUCCCUCUCACACAAACACACCCACCUCCAAGCCAAGCCUCUCUGUUUCCUCUGUUUUCUUCCCUGUUUUCUCUGUUGGGUAAAAUCAUGGGGGCGACGCUUCUCCCAGAUCUCGGAACCGAGAUUCUGAUACCGCUGUGCGCGGUCAUUGGCAUCGCCUUCUCUGUGGUCCAGUGGAUGUUUGUCUCUCAGGUCAAGCUCUCGCCUGGUCGAGACGCCAACUCAAACGCCCCCGGCAAAAAUGGCUACAACGAUUACCUCAUCGAAGAAGAAGAAGGCGGUAAUGACCACAACGUCGUCCUCAAAUGCGCCGAAAUUCAAAACGCCAUAUCUGAAGGAGCAACCUCAUUCCUUUUCACCGAAUACAAAUACGUCGGUGGUUUCAUGGUAGCUUUUGCAGUCUUGAUUUUCGUUUUCCUUGGCUCUGUGGAGGGAUUUAGCACAAGUAGCCGUCCAUGUACAUAUGACCAAACAAAGAUAUGCAAACCAGCUCUUGCCACUGCCAUCUUUAGCACAAUUUCCUUCUUGCUUGGUGCUAUAACGUCAGUGGUUUCUGGUUUCCUUGGGAUGAAGAUUGCUACUUAUGCGAAUGCCAGAACAACAUUGGAGGCAAGAAAAGGUGUUGGGAAGGCUUUUAUUACUGCAUUCAGAGCAGGAGCUGUUAUGGGCUUUCUCCUUGCUUCAAGUGGUCUAUUGGUUCUUUACAUUGCUAUCAACGCCUUCAAGUUGUACUAUGGUGAUGACUGGGGUGGCCUUUUCGAGGCUAUAACUGGUUAUGGUCUUGGGGGAUCUUCCAUGGCUCUCUUUGGCAGGGUUGGUGGAGGCAUCUAUACCAAAGCUGCUGAUGUUGGUGCUGAUCUUGUUGGCAAGGUUGAGAGGAAUAUUCCCGAGGAUGACCCAAGGAACCCAGCUGUGAUAGCUGAUAAUGUUGGAGACAAUGUUGGGGAUAUAGCCGGCAUGGGAUCUGAUCUUUUCGGAUCCUACGCUGAGGCAUCGUGUGCUGCCCUUGUGGUCGCAUCCAUUUCCUCAUUUGGGAUCAAUCAUGAGUUAACUGCAAUGCUAUAUCCUCUCAUUGUCAGUUCCGUUGGCAUCCUCGUUUGUUUGCUCACCACCCUGUGUGCAACAGAUUUCUUUGAGAUCAAGGCUGUAAAUGAAAUUGAACCAGCACUGAAGAGGCAGCUCGUCAUUUCCACUGUACUGAUGACUGUUGGAAUUGCAAUUGUUACAUGGAUUUCUGUUCCAUCUUCCUUCACGAUCUUCAAUUUUGGUACACAGAAAGUUGUGAAGAGCUGGCAGCUAUUCUUAUGUGUUGGUGUUGGUUUGUGGGCUGGGCUUAUCAUUGGUUUUGUAACAGAGUAUUAUACUAGUAAUGCGUACAGCCCUGUGCAAGAUGUUGCUGAUUCUUGUCGGACUGGAGCUGCCACUAAUGUCAUUUUUGGCCUUGCAUUGGGAUACAAAUCCGUCAUUAUUCCUAUUUUUGCCAUUGCAAUUAGCAUUUUUGUUAGUUUUAGCUUUGCAGCUAUGUAUGGGAUUGCUGUAGCUGCCCUUGGAAUGCUGAGCACCAUAGCAACUGGAUUGGCCAUUGAUGCAUAUGGUCCCAUCAGUGACAAUGCUGGAGGAAUUGCUGAGAUGGCCGGCAUGAGCCACAGAAUCAGAGAGAGAACUGAUGCUCUUGAUGCGGCAGGAAACACCACUGCUGCUAUUGGAAAGGGAUUUGCAAUUGGGUCUGCUGCUCUUGUGUCCCUUGCUCUCUUUGGUGCCUUUGUUAGCCGUGCUGGUAUCUCAACAGUUGAUGUGUUGUCUCCAAAAGUGGUUAUUGGUUUGUUAGUGGGCGCAAUGCUUCCUUAUUGGUUCUCUGCCAUGACGAUGAAGAGUGUGGGAAGUGCAGCUCUAAAGAUGGUUGAGGAAGUGCGCAGGCAAUUCAAUACCAUCCCAGGUCUCUUGGAGGGUACUGCCAAGCCUGACUAUGCUACAUGCGUUAAGAUUUCGACGGACGCCUCCAUCAAAGAGAUGAUUCCCCCUGGUGCCCUUGUCAUGCUUACACCCCUCAUUGUUGGGAUCUUUUUUGGUGUGGAAACUCUAUCCGGGGUGCUUGCCGGAUCCCUUGUCUCUGGUGUACAGAUUGCUAUCUCUGCAUCCAACACGGGUGGUGCUUGGGAUAAUGCCAAGAAGUACAUUGAGGCUGGUGCUUCAGAGCAUGCAAGGACGCUUGGUCCAAAAGGAUCAGAUCCCCACAAAGCAGCUGUCAUUGGUGACACCAUUGGAGACCCUCUCAAGGAUACAUCUGGGCCAUCGCUCAACAUUCUUAUCAAGCUCAUGGCUGUCGAGUCGCUUGUGUUUGCUCCGUUCUUCGCUACGCACGGUGGCCUGCUCUUCAAGAUCUCUACGACUACGAGUCCAAAGUCGCCGCCCAAUUCCACGACGCCCACACUCAAGAUCGCCAUCAUCGGCUUCGGCAACUAUGGCCAGUUCCUCGCCAAGACCCUCGUCGCCCAAGGCCACACCGUCCUCGCCCAUUCCCGAUCCGACUACUCCAAAACGGCGCAGGAUCUUGGCGUUUCCUUCUUCUCCGACCCACACGAUCUCUGCGAACAACACCCACAAGUCAUUUUGCUCUGCACCUCCAUCCUCUCCACCGAGCCCGUCCUCAAAUCGCUGCCUCUUCAGCGCCUCAGGCGAAACACCUUGGUCGUUGAUGUGCUUUCCGUCAAGGAAUUCUCCAAGGCAUUGUUGCUGAAGUUGCUGCCUGGCUACUUCGACGUCCUCUGCACCCACCCGAUGUUCGGGCCCCAGAGCGCCAAGCACGGGUGGAAUGGGCUCUUCUUCGUGUACGAAAAGGUCCGAAUUGGGUCCGAAGAAUCGAGGAUUUCGCGGUGCAAUGAGUUGCUGAACAUUUUUGAGAAAGAAGGGUGUAGAAUGGUGGAGAUGAGCUGCGCCGAGCAUGAUAAGUACGCGGCGGGUUCGCAGUUUAUGACCCACACGGUCGGGAGAGUGUUGGGGAUGUUGAAAUUGGAGUCGACGCCCAUAAAUACUAAAGGGUAUGAGACAUUGUUGGAUUUGGUGGAGAACACAGCUGGGGAUAGCUUUGAUUUGUAUUAUGGGUUGUUUAUGUACAAUAAGAAUGCAUUGGAGACUUUGGAGAGAUUGGACUUGGCUUUUGAGGCCCUGAAGAAACAGCUUUUUGGGCAUUUGCACGAUGUUGUGAGAAGGCAAUUGUUUGGCAAUGCAGAAAAGGCAAUAACUUUGCAGGAGGAUUAUGCGAAGCAGGCUCAAAAUGGAGCUGCAUUGGUAUCUUCUUCAAAAGCUUUGAGAUCACCAAAAAUUGUUCGGUCAGAUGACCAAAAAGCACAGAUUUCUGAUGACAACUCUUGGCUAAAGAUUGCAAUUGUUGGUUUUGGAAAUUUUGGUCAGUUCCUUGCUAAGACGAUUGUACGCCAAGGUCAUACGGUUCUAGCCUUUUCUCGAACAGACUACUCAGAUGUGGCUCAGAAAUUAGGCGUUUCUUACUUCUCUGAUGCAGACGAUCUGUGUGAAGAGCAUCCAGAAGUGAUACUUCUUUGCACAUCUAUUCUGUCAACUGAAAAAGUUCUGAGGUCAUUGCCACUGCAGAGGCUGAAGAGAAAUACUUUAUUCGUUGAUGUGCUUUCAGUGAAAGAAUUUCCAAGAAAUCUGUUUCUUCAAACUUUGCCGCUGGAUUUUGAUAUUCUCUGUACGCAUCCUAUGUUUGGACCAGAGAGUGGUAAAAACGGGUGGAAUGGUCUUUCUUUUGUUUAUGAUAAGGUCAGGGUUGGAAGUGAUGAAUCAAGGGUAUCACGCUGUGAUCAAUUUCUUGAUAUCUUUGCACGAGAAGGGUGCCGAAUGGUGGAAAUGUCUUGUGCAGAACAUGAUAGGCAUGCAGCAGGGUCACAAUUCAUUACACACACUAUGGGAAGGAUUUUGGAAAAGUUGGGUUUGGAAUCGACACCAAUCAACACAAAAGGUUACGAGACUUUGUUGAAUUUAGUGGAGAAUACAGCAGGAGAUAGCUUUGAUCUUUACUAUGGCUUGUUCAUGUACAAUAUUAAUGCAAUGGAGCAGUUAAAGAGGUUGGACAUGGCUUUUGAAUCUUUAAAGAAGCAGCUUUUUGGGCGUUUGCAUGGUGUUCUGCGGAAGCAACUUUUUGAGAACUCAGAUAAGUCUCAAGUUAUGCAGGAACAGGCCUUGUUGCCAAAACCAUCCCAGAAUGAAUCUGCAGUGACACCUUCUUUGGAGUCUCUUAACAUUCAGAAUAACUAAUUGUGAUCAUCUUCUACCUUUUCGGGUUCCACAUAAAGCUUUGUGGUGGUGUUGUAAUCUGAUAGCUGCUUCAGAACAGAAGGAAAUCAGUGAAAGACAUUAAUGCUGGUAUGCAAUCAAGCUGCUGGAGGUUGGCUCCGUAGUAACUGCAUCUGGAGGGCAUCUAUACACGUCGUAACUGUUGGAGCCAUUCUCAGUGAACGGUAAAAGAUUUUGAAAGUUAUGGUUGGGGGCUGGUUGUUCUUGUGUAAAAAUCCCUGACCUGUGGCAGCUCUCCAAUCAGUUCAACUGGCAGCACGUCAAAGCAAAAUGUUAUUUGAGCAGUAUCACUUGGAAAAAAAGGCCAUCAAGAAAGGGGAGCCCUAUAAAUUUAAGUGCAACAAGAAGUACAUGGAGAAGGACUACCCCAAGUGUUACGUUGUUGUUCAUUUUGCUUUCUUUCCUCUUUGGAAAAUGUUGAAUAUCCAGCCAUUCUUUUAAAAAUUAAAAUUAAAAAUGUUUGAUGUUAUGAUAAUAAGAGCCUUCUUCCUGUUGUAAAGAAGCAGGGUGGGGUUAACAUUAUAGAAAUCUUAAUUUAGGAGCA